GAACAAUCUCCAAGAGCCUAUGCUGGUAUCGGCUAAAGCCCCAGCCGAUGUACAGCGAUCGUAAACAUCGCGCCUUCACCUUCUUACACCUUUACACCCAAAAGAAAUGCAAACAUGGGCUCUACAAGUGAAAUGAAGGCAGUCGCGAUGCGUGUCUGGAGAAGACUGCCCGUACAUGUGUUUGUUUUGGCGAGUUCCCUCUGCCUGUGCCAGUGCGGAGCUGAAGAAGACAGCGCGAUGGAGAAUAUCGUGACAGAGAAGAAAGCUGAAGAAAGCCACAGACAGGACAGCGCCGACCUUCUCAUCUUCAUCAUGCUCCUCACCCUCACCAUCCUCACCAUAUGGCUGUUCAAGCACCGCCGCUUCAGGUUUCUGCACGAGACUGGACUGGCGAUGAUAUACGGGCUGCUUGUGGGUGUUGUCCUGCGUUAUGCUAUCCAUGUGCCCAGCGACAUAAACAAUGUUACGCUGAGCUGUCAUGUCAACGCCAGUCCAGCCACACUUCUGGUCAAUGUCAGUGGUAAGUUCUAUGAAUACACCCUGAAAGGAGAGAUUGGUGCCAAUAAAGUCAAUGACAUCCAGGACAACGAGAUGCUCCGCAAGGUGACCUUUGACCCUGAGGUCUUUUUCAAUAUUCUCUUGCCUCCCAUCAUUUUUCAUGCUGGCUACAGUUUAAAACGAAGACAUUUCUUCAGAAAUCUGGGCUCUAUUCUUGCCUAUGCGUUUGUGGGAACCGUUGUGUCGUGUUUCAUCAUUGGGGCGUUAAUGUAUGGUUGUGUGAUGCUGAUGAAGAAAAUUGGUCAUCUGCAAGACGACUUCUUCUUCACUGAUUGCCUUUUCUUUGGUGCAAUUGUCUCAGCCACUGAUCCAGUGACAGUUCUGGCCAUCUUCAAUGAGCUGCAGGUGGAUGCGGACCUGUACGCUCUGCUGUUUGGAGAAAGUGUUCUGAACGAUGCUGUCGCUGUCGUACUGUCCUCGUCAAUUGUAGCAUAUCAGCCUACAGGAGACAACAGUCACACAUUUGAAGCAAUGGCCAUGCUCAAGUCCUUUGGCAUCUUUCUAGGGGUCUUCAGUGGUUCUUUUGCUCUUGGAGUGGCUACUGGAAUCGUGACUGCACUCGUUACUAAGUUCACUAAGCUUAGGGACUUUCCGUUGCUGGAGACGGCGCUUUUCUUUCUCAUGUCCUGGAGCACGUUUCUGCUGGCAGAGGCCUGUGGAUUUACAGGUGUGGUGGCUGUUCUGUUCUGUGGAAUGACACAGGCCCAUUACACCUUUAACAACCUCUCUCCUGAAUCCCAGGACAGGACGAAACAAUUAUUCGAGCUACUGAAUUUCUUGGCUGAGAACUUCAUAUUUUCCUACAUGGGCUUGACAUUGUUUACCUUCCAGAACCACGUCUUUAACCCGAUCUUCAUAGUGUGCGCAUUUCUGGCCGUGUUUCUGGGCAGAGCGGCGAACAUCUAUCCACUCUCUUUCCUGCUGAAUUUGGGCCGUAGAAACAAGAUCAGCUCCAACUUCCAGCACAUGAUGAUGUUCGCAGGUCUUCGUGGUGCCAUGACUUUUGCCCUGUCCAUCAGGGACACAGCUACAUAUGCACGGCAGAUGAUGUUUUCUACCACGCUGCUGGUGGUCUUCUUCACGGUUUGGAUCUGCGGUGGAGGCACAACUCAGAUGCUGUCCUGUCAGAAAAUCCGUGUUGGAGUGGACACAGAUCAUGAGAACUCUAUCGGCCCUGAUGGAGUUGAAAGGAGGAGCACUAAACAGGAAAGCGCCUGGCUGUUCAGGAUCUGGUACAACUUUGAUCACAAUUAUCUAAAGCCCAUUCUGACCCACAGCGGACCACCGCUCACUGCCACACUUCCAGCCUGCUGUAGUCCUCUGGCUCGCUGCCUGACCAGCCCACAGGCCUAUGAGAAUGAAGGCGAGCUGAAAAACGCAGACUCCGAUUUGAUCCUGAACGAUGGUGACAUCACUCUUACGUACGGUGACAUCGCUGUGAGCACGGAUGGCACAGGUGCCCACUCAAGCGGCGUCCUCAUGGGAGGAGCAGCGGUGAACUCGGACGAGGCCUUGGAUCGAGAGCUGGCGUUCGGCGACCACGAGCUGGUAAUCCGAGGAACCCGACUGGUCCUUCCAAUGGACGACUCGGAGCCCCCGCUAACUCUGGACUCCCACCGCCAACGGCACAGGAACGAAUUCAUGAGCUGAAUGGGUGACAAAAAAACGAGUCUCUUCUCUCUAUCAUCUCUCAUGCAGAGCAAUCUCUCCUGUCUCUGAAGUGGCUGGUUUGAUGUCUCUACCUCAUUCCUCACUCUUUUCUUUUACACUGAAUUCUCAAUUAUUUAUUCACCUCUCUUCUGCAGAUUUGUUUUGUUUCUCAUUCUUUUCGGCUAACCAGACCACUUGGCAUCUGACAGAUGGGAAGCAUGCUCUGGUUUCUCAUGAUGACAGAAUAAGCAUACUUCUAGUGUCUGUAUAGCAAGGCAGGAAAUUGCCAUGCAUGCAUACUUGUGUCCUCUCUUGACGUGCUUGUUUGGGAGAUCUGUGGCACAUUCCUGUGGGUCCGAUGCUUUUUACUGCCUUCUCUGUUCGUGAGUCUGACAGAGGUGUGAUGAACGGUGGCUCUGCGUUACAAUCAAGUGCCUGUCGAAUGUAAUUUCCCUCGCCCUUAGAGCAUAAUGACACUAUUUGCCGUCCACUAGAGGGAGGCCUUGUAUUUUCAUAGUUUGUAUGAACGUUGAGGGCGGAUGCCAGAGAUGGGGUUGGAGCUUAUAUUGUGACCUUUGACUGUGAAUCUAUGAAGGUUUUUAGGCCUUUUUUUGUCAUCGUGCUGCCCGGUUAGAAGAUCCAUUGAUAUAGUGUAAUUUCUGUUUGUUGCUGUUGUUGUUGAAGCAUUUUUCUAAACGAAAACUAAUUGCGCAUAGCUUUAAGAUAUUAUUAUUAUUAUUAUUUUCUAUGUAGGAUGUUUCAGAUCGUCAUGUUUAACUACGAAUGUCUUGGAUUUUACACUAUGCGUUGGUAUUAAAAGAUUCGCCAAUAAAAAUAGCCCGUACUUUUUUGUAGAAGGGCAAUCUAUCGUUAUGCAUUCAGAAUCUAAAGGAAAAGAAAAUGCUAAUGAGACUUGCGCCUUUUUAUUUUUAAUUUUUGCAUGAUGUGUUUUGCGGAGAACAGCACAGCCCUCUAUGUUUUCUCCUAAAACUUUCUCUAACAAAUUGAAAACACUUCAAAUAUAUGUAGAUCAGUAUAGAGCGUCGCACCGGCACUCUUGUGACUUUUACGUUGGUUGUAAUAAUGCUAAUUGUAUACCUGUUCAGAUUAAUUUUAAAAGGGCUGAAUGAUUAAAAGAUAUUUUAUGUUCACAUCUAUAAAAUAAAACAUGAAAUAAGGCA